AUGAAGCUGCAGCGCGUUGUGGUGGAUGCAGGGGCCCAUGGAGUUCAGAUGAGACAGAUCGGAAACGACGAGCAGAGGGAGAAGGAGCUGAAGUUCUGGUGCGGCGCGGCCGGGAUGAAGGUGCUGAGCGACGGGCCAGGGGCGGAUGGCCAGCGGUCGGUUUGCGUGGGCUACUUGCCCCAGAAGGAUCCAGGCGCCUUCGCGAUCGAGCUCAAGAUCGACCCCAGCGUGCUGACGCGCAAGAGACCGAGCCUGCUGAACUACUCGGUGAUGCAGCCCACCGUGAACGCCCUGUGCUUCACGCAGGUCAGCCAGCCCGAUACUGUCUUUGACAUGUACGCCCGCGUGGAGGCUUCACCAGGUACUUCCAUGGUCGGCGAUGCCAGAUACUUGGACUGCGAGGUCCUCGCAGGAAGCGGCCUGUUGCCCCUGCAGAAGCAGCUGUCAUUUCUUGGGGCUGGUCUGCUGCUGAAGCAAGAGCAUGCGACGAAUUUCUUCUUGCGCCGGUCAAGUCCUGCCAUCGAGCUGGUCGCUCUCAACAUCGAGGUCCCGGCCUUCAACCCCACCGUCAAGUUCUACAAGCGGAUUGGUGGGCUGGAGGAGACGACCUACAACGAAGCUGAGGAGGCUCCCAUUCAGAAGUUCUCCGUCCUCUUGCAGAGCAAGGAGCCAGGGCCCAAACUGCUGCUUUGCCCUGUCCCUGACUAUCGCGUGAAGGCCGGUGUGGGGUUGAUGCGGGUGUAG